GUGACAGAGCAACUGGAGAAGGAGAUGAAGCUGCAUCAGACCCGGAAACGGUGGUCCCGGACGAGCACACUGCAACGCAUGCGAAAAAGGGUGAGUCCGAGGAUCAGACCGAGCAAGCAGCGAAUCCGAGAAAGAGUGCGUUCAAAGCAACAGAUGUGGUGCAACCAAAGGUGAAAGCGGCUAAGAUAGAGCCCAAGGUCAGGGUGGUUCCACCUGAGAGCGCUCGUGUGCGGGACCCGGCGGAGGAAGAGCGUGACUCCAAGGCAGCGAAGGUGUCGCCAAGAAAGGAGAGGAGGUUGAAUGCCCCACCGAUGUAUGCGGGCGAGCCUACGCCUGGAGAAGGCGGGGAUUCUUCUGCUUCAAGGCCAGGAGUUUUGUGUGUUGUGGGAGAUGAAGAGCUGCAUCAUGAGGACGAGGUGCUGGAAUUGCCCUAUGAUGAGCAGCAAGCUGAGACAAUGAUAGAACAUGACCACCAGCUCACUGGCGAUGUGGAGGCAGAGCAAGGAUUCCAGAGUUCGGAAGGAGAUUCGGAGCUUCUUUAUUACCCGGUUGGUCCCGGGGGCGAGGAGCCACAGUUGGCGGAAAGUGAUUUGCAGGCGAUCGAUGAUCUCGCUAAGCGCAUGGAGGUGGACAGGCUCAUGACCAUGGGUGUUUUGAAGCCCAUAAGCAAACAGGAGGCGCAGGAGUUGGGAUUGAGAACACUCAGUACGAAGUUUGUGACAACUUGGAGGCCGAAGCAGCGAGACCAAGUUCCGAAGUUUAUGCGUCGGGCUAGGUUCGUUGCUCGAGAAUUCCACUGGGAUGAUCCGCAUCGGCAGCAGCUAUUUGCACCGGCGACGUCAAGUUUGGUCAUUCGAUUGUUGCCGGCCCUGUUUCAGCACAAGAAAGCAGAAGGUUUGGACUGGGUAAUGAUUGCGUUGGAUAUUAGCGAUGCAUACUUGACGGUGGAUCAGCAAAUCCCCACUUGUGUGAAUGCAUGGAUUGAUGGGGAGGAAUGGACAUUUCAGCUGGACAAGCUGUUGCCAGGCCAGCGUGACGGUGCGCGUGAGUGGCAUGGAGCAUUUACAAGUUUCUUGAAGGAGAAAGUUGGAGUGGAAGGAUGCACAGUUUGCCCUUCAGUUUUGCGAGCAGCUGAAGGAUUCAAUGGUCUUUUGCAUGUGGAUGAUAUGCUUGGAAUUGGCACUGAGGAAUUUAUCAUGGAGAGACUGGUGCCCGCAGUGGAAAGCAGAUACAAGGUGACGUAUGAGCUCAUCACCAAGCCCGGACAGGAAUUGUGGUUCUUGAAGAGGAAGCUGAUUUACCAUCGCUCACUGCGGUUUAUCAUUCAGCCCCACCAGAAGAAUUUCACAAAGCUGUUCGAGCUGAUGAAUAUCAAUCCGGACAGGGUGAACCCGAGGGCAGCACCAAUGCCUAGUGGAGGUGCUCAAGCCAAGCUGGCGGACAAUCCUUUGGAGGAACCUGCGGCAAGCAAGUACAGGGCGGCGGUUGGACUGUUGCUUUACACGAGCACGGACUUGGUUGAUUGCCAGUAUUGCAUCAAGACGUUGGCACAGUGCAUGGUGUUGUGGAUGCAGCAGCGAGUGGCGCAGGGCUUUUUCCAGGUCGGAACAGUUCCCACGGCAACGAAUGUGGCGGACUUGAACACGAAGGCUUUGAGCCGAGAUCGGGUGAAAAUCUUGAGUUUCUUGGUCGGCAUUGUGUCGGGCGAGUUUGAAGGUGAGACAGAUGAAUGGGUGCCUGUAGGUUUUGGUGAGUACGAGGCGCUCAUGAUGAAGGAGAACACGAGGUUGGCCAUCAGGAGGAUUAGAUCUGACUUGAGUGGCCAUGAGGCGUUUGAAGGCGCGAGCAGCACGUCGAUCACACAGACAGCAAAGAGAGUUUUCGCAGCUGGGAUGAUCAGUAUUUUACUGCAGCCUGGCGGUAGCGAGAGGAUCGAGCACGACGCCUUGAGCAGUGAUAAUGAGCCCAAUGGUUUGAACAAUCAGCAUGAUUGGAUCAUGGAUGCGAUUUUCUUUUGCAGCAUUGCAUGGAUGGCAGUUUGCAUUUCUUAUGGAUGUUUUUACUUGAUGAAAUGUGGCUACGGCAAGAUUUCAGCGUGGUUUGGAACUGCGAAAGUCAAAGAAGAGAACAUUGUGUUCAUCACGGAGUUUGGAAAGCAUUAUCACAGACGGAAUUGCAAAUGGCUCGUGAAGAGCAUUCUCAUCGAGAUUGAGGAGAACACUGCGGUUGCAAGGCACUACAAGAAGUGCCACACUUGCCAUUACUUGGAUAGAGCUGAGUUUGGUGGCAAAAGCAGCACAAGACAGGGUGCAACUGCAGCAAAGCGGAAAACAAAGGAUGGAGGCGUGCGAUAA